AGGCCGCCUGCGUUCCCGUGAUGCUGAGUAACGGCUGGGAGCUGCCCUUCUCCGAGAUCAUCGACUGGAACACGGCGGCCGUCAUCGGGGACGAGAGGCUGCUGCUGCAGAUCCCAUCCACGGCCCGGUCCAUCCAUCAGGACAAAAUCCUAGCACUUAGACAGCAAACACAGUUCCUGUGGGAGGCCUAUUUUUCUUCUGUGGAGAAGAUUGUAUUGACCACUCUGGAGAUCGUCCAGGACCGCGUGUUCCAGCACUGGUCCCGCAGCACCCUGAUGUGGAACAGCCACCCUGGGGGGCUCUUCGCGCUCCCGCAGUACUCCGUCUACCUGGGGGACUUCCCCUUCUACUACGCUGCGCUCGGUAUCAAGCCUUACCCAAAGUUCACGGCAGUAAUCCACGCCGUCACGCCUCUGGUGUCCCAGUCCCAGCCCAUUCUCAAGCUCCUGGUGGCGGUGGCCAAGUCGCAGUACUGCGCCCAGAUCAUCGUCCUGUGGAACUGCGACAAGCCCCUCCCUGCCAAGCAUCGCUGGCCUGCCACCUCUGUGCCUGUCAUCGUCAUCGAGGGGGACAGUAAGGUGAUGAGCAGUCGCUUCCAGCCUUACGAGACGAUUGUGACGGAUGCUGUACUGAGUCUGGAUGAAGACACGGUGCUGUCCACCACUGAGGUGGAUUUUGCCUUCACCGUUUGGCAGAGCUUCCCGGAGAGGAUUGUGGGAUACCCCGCACGGAGCCACUUUUGGGACAGCAACAAAGAACGCUGGGGCUACACCUCCAAGUGGACCAACGACUACUCCAUGGUGCUAACUGGAGCUGCUAUCUACCACAGAUAUUACCACUACCUGUACACUAACUUCCUGCCAGCUAGCCUGAAGAACAUGGUGGACCAGCUGGCCAACUGUGAGGACAUCCUCAUGAACUUCCUGGUGUCUGCAGUCACCAAACUCCCCCCCAUUAAGGUCACACAGAAGAAACAGUAUAAAGAGACCAUGAUGGGACAGUCAUCCCGAGCCUCACGUUGGGCCGACCCAGACCACUUUGCCCAGCGCCAGACCUGCAUGAACAAAUUCGCCAGCUGGUUUGGCACCAUGCCCUUGGUCCACUCCCAGAUGAGGUUGGACCCAGUUCUCUUUAAGGACCAGGUCUCCAUCUUGCGCAAGAAAUACAGGGACAUCGAGAGACUCUGACGAGCCCUGGCGUCCCUGCCCCAUGGCUGCCCACCCCUCUGCCCAAAGCGCAGGGGAGGAUGGGCACGUAGAGACAAGGAAGGACAGGACAUGCUGCAUGUGCACCAGGGGGUGCUACAGCUCGGUCUUCCAAUCAGUGCGCGUUGCCACGACGACGGCCGCAGGACCCGGGACACGUCAGGGGAAGCACAUACACGCACACACACGGGCGUGCGCACAUGCACACACACGACACAAGCACGCACUACUGAUGACAAGACUGUGGGAGAGCAUAUUUUUUUAACGAAUGCCGCAAGUGGACUGACCCCUAUUCUCUGAUUGCCCCCUUUAUCGCAACCAAGCAGGUUUUAUUUGAAAUCUGUUACCUGGGAGAGAGAGGAAAAAAAACACUUUUUUUACUCCUUUUUUUCAGCCUUUUUUAUUUGCCUGGUUUUGUUUGUAUUCCCCCAUCGCAGUUCCUGUUGAAAGCCCUCGAUCUUUCCUUUCAGGGAGGUGAACACCCAAUCGAAUUGUCAAAACCACAACUUCACGGUGCCUAACACUACAAAGUACAGCUGUCCUUGUCCGUUUUAUAAAGUUAUUUUUUUUUUUUAUUUGUGCAGGUUUUCUCUGUUUUUAUUUUGAUAAUGUUUGAUGUCUAUGGUGAUCGGUUUAAACACAAGGUCACAGAAUUCUCAUGUUCUCCGUUCAAACCCACCAAGAUUUAGUGUCGUCGAGGAUUCUCUUCAGUGUUGCACUGCCCAUAAAUGUUGUAACAUAAAAAUGUGACAGACAAAUUUUUCAAGCUACAUUCGCCUGAACAGCUUUUUGUUGGCAUUCAGUCAACAAAACAAUUUUAUCGUCGCCAAAACAUGAUCAUCACCUGAUUGUAACAUCCUGUCGGAGGUGUACGGUAGCCAUUUUCCCAAAUCCUUAAUGUUUUUCUAUAUCGUCAACAUCUUCAGACCUCUUUAUACACCACCCCGCAUUGUUUUGUUGCCAUUGUGUUCUCCUGUACAAAUACAACUCGAAGGAAGGGGUGCGCCUGUGAAUUACAAAGAGGGGCAGCCUCACUGCAGCAAGCCAUUGUGCUGGGUUAAAAGGCCUGGGAAUAUCCCUAAGAGUAGAGAAGGCGACCUACCCCACCCGACACCCCAGUACUCCAGUCAUUUUCAGCCUGAAGCCCCUCCCACGUGGGAGGUCUCUCAGCCCAUCCGUCUCCAGCGUUGUGUGCUGUCUGUGUAGCUACUUCAUUGCUCAUCACUAUAGUCUUGCAUUCACAUGUUUUUAUUGAUUACAUUUCAAGGGAAUGGUGCUGAGAACAGGGAACGGUACUUUACCAUCCAUGCUGAAUAAAUGCUUUUUUAUGAUUAUUUUUUUAUGUUUUUAGAGCAAGGGCUAUGUUAGUCUUAGCUCGGACAGGUACUUGAAUGUCUGAGGACUUGAAGGAGCACUCUGCAAGUGGCCUUUUAAUGAAGGGGACUGGAUUUCAGUGUCAACCAGCUCUGAACCAAAGUCAGAUUACACAGCAUCGUUGUGACUUUAAUCCCCAUCACGAUUCCUUCUAAAAAAAAAAAAAAAAACUUUCCUAUUUAGCCGCGAAAGUCUGUUUCAGAUGUGUACCGUAACAGACGCCAGCUUUCCUGGAUCUGUGCUCGAGCUCUCAGUGACGGGUGGUGACCUAAUUCUCCAGCUUAUGUCAUUAUUAUAUAACCAAACUAUUUAAGAGCACAGCUAGCCUGUCACCUUAAGAAAGUGGAAUUAGUUCCUAUUUUUUUAUCAGAAUAUACUAAACUGCCAGAAGUGUUAGAGACUAUGGUGCAUUGCAAGGAUUUGACAAAUAUAUAACAAUAUAGGAAACGAAUGGUAUAAUCCUUGAUUUUUAUGCCACUACAGAUACAUUUCCCAAACUUUUGUGAAAGAAUUCAAACAUUUCAACUCUGCGACAUUAGAAACUGCUCUUUGUUAAGACGGCAAUCAUAUUUAAACACUACAGCAAAAGGUGUCACGGGAUAUCGGGAGUUCAAACUACCUCGACUGGGAAACAUUGCCCAAAAUUGCACCCCAAUCUGACCCUGGAGAUUCAAAGUAAAUUUAUAUAUAAUCGCUUUCAUGAGGAUUUCGAAAGCUUAGGUUUACUUAUUGCCUCACUAUUUAAAAAUGAAUGAUGUACUCUCAGCAAAUACACAGACGAAACGAUCUGUGGGAACGGAUUAAGCCACGGCAACCCAAAAACUCAUGACCCUCAGCUGGUUAACACUGGAGUACAGCUCUCCUUUAAAUCGCAUUUUAAAUUGAAAUCCAGUCUUUAUGUCUGUCAUUUUAAUUUAAACAUUUGAGACAUCUCACAUGGAAACUCCCAGUUCUGUGCGUGAUUCAUUUCUUAGCCAACAGACAUUUCACAAAGCCUAGUUACAGUAUAUAGACUUGUAUAUUUAUUUUCACAAGGAAUGGAGGCUAACAGAUGUAUUCUAUGUGAUUACUGACAGCAAUCCGGGGGCUACUUAGCUGGGGUAAAUCUGUAAAGCAUAAAAAGAACGUAUCUUAUUUUGUAAACGAUGUACAUUUGUAAUGUCACCCCUUCCCCCCCAUGCUGACAGUUUUGUUCUUAUUUUCCACUAUGCUGUCACGUCAUUCAGAGAAUAAAGACUAUCCUCAUGA